AUGGUGCGCGAUAUCUUGCUCUACAUUCUUUUAAUCGUUUUAUUUUGCCUGAUUUUCAUGGCACAAUUACUUGUUAAUGUCUACGCCUUCCAAAGACAACCGCCCACGACGAAAUCAGAUCGUGCAGACAUUAUUUUUGUAUAGACCUGGUGGAGCUGGAAAACGUGACAUGCAACAGAAGGAAGUGGUGGCGUUGAAGCGACAUGCAGGGCUUAACGCG